GCGCUCUGCCUGCAAACAAAGAGCAAGAUGGAAAAGUCAUUACGCGUCUUGGCCGCGGCGGCUCUCCUGGCAGCUUUGGGCCGUGUUGGAGGACAGAUAAGCGAUGCAACGACCGAGAGCUUUUCAUUCAACACGACUGCAGCCGCAACUUUGAACCGGACUGUCUCUGUGAGUGCCACUGCAGAUUAUAAGGAUCCCCAGAGCAAAGCAUGGACUACAGCAGCGACAACAUCACAGCCAGAGGUGCCCACCACCACUGUCACAACCAAGCAGCCGGACAGGAAAAACACUGAGCAAAAUGAAAAAAACCCCCACAACAAGCAAGAAAAAAGUGACCGCAAAACAGAAGAUGCGAAAAAAGGACCCGACUGCCCUCCUCUUGGCCUGGAGUCCCUGCGGGUGGAUGACAGCCAGAUCCAGGCGUCUUCCUACCAGCGGACUGGACUGGGUCCUCACAGAGGGAGGCUAAAUAUCCAGUCUGGCAUUGAGGAUGGGGACCAGUACGACGGGGCUUGGUGUGCGAUGUAUAAAGACAGGGAGCAGUGGCUCGAAGUGGACGCCAUCCACCUCACCCUGUUCACUGGAGUCAUCCUGCAGGGCAGAAACUCCAUCUGGAGCUGGGACUGGGUCCAAACCUACAAAGUCCAGCUGAGUAAUGACUCUGUGGACUGGAAAACCUGCAUGAACGGGACAGAGGAAGCAAUAUUUCAAGGCAACCAGGACACAGAGACUCCGGUACUUGGCCUCCUCCCGGUUCCCACUGUUGCCCGUUUCAUCCGCAUCAACCCUCAGACCUGGUACUCCAACGGCACCAUCUGCCUCAGGGCUGAGAUACUCGGCUGCCGCGUUGAUAGUGCCGAAGACAUGUACUUCUCUGAGCAAGACCGGGAAUCGAAGGACGGUCUGGACUUCAGGCACCACAACUACAAAGAGAUGAGGAAGCUCAUGAAGUCCGUGAGCGAGGAGUGCCCGGACAUCACCCGCAUCUACACCAUAGGGAAGAGCUACAUGGGCCUCAAACUCUACGUCAUGGAGAUCUCAGAUAAUCCUGGCAAGCAUGAACUUGGUGAGCCAGAGUUUCGCUACGUGGCAGGGAUGCACGGGAACGAGGUGCUGGGUCGCGAGCUGGUCCUCAACCUCAUGCAGUACAUGUGCCGGGAAUACAAGAGAGGCAACCAGCGCAUCGUCCGCCUGGUCACUGAAACACGAAUCCACCUGCUGCCCUCCAUGAACCCCGACGGCUACGAGGGAGCUUAUGAGAAGGGCUCAGAACUGGCCGGCUGGGCUUAUGGACGGUACAGCUACGAAGGCAUUGACCUGAACCACAACUUCCCGGACCUGAACAACAUCCUGUGGGAUUCCCAGGAGAUGGCAGCAGAUAAAUCGAAAGUGUCCAACCACUACAUCCCCAUCCCAGAGUACUACACCAAAGAAGAUGCUUUUGUUGCGCCUGAGACCCGUGCCGUCAUCAGCUGGAUGCAGGACAUACCGUUCGUGCUCAGUGCGAACCUCCACGGCGGCGAGCUGGUGGUCACCUACCCGUACGACUGCACCCGUGACUGGGCACCCCAGGAAAACACGCCCACCCCGGACGACAGCUUCUUCCGCUGGCUGGCCACCGUCUACGCCUCCACUAACAUGGUGAUGGCCAACCCUGACCGCCGCAUCUGCCACUACGAAGACUUCCAGCAGCACAACAACAUCAUCAACGGCGGAGCCUGGCACACCGUCCCUGGCAGUAUGAAUGACUUCAGUUACCUGCACACCAACUGCUUUGAAGUCACCGUGGAGCUUUCCUGCGAUAAGUUCCUGCACGUCAGCGAGCUUCCCAUCGAGUGGGAGAACAACAAGGAGUCUCUGCUGGUUUAUAUGGAACAGGUUCACAGAGGGAUCAAAGGUGUGAUCCGGGACAAGCUGACCAAGCAAGGCAUACCGGACGCUAUAAUCCGCGUGGAUGGCAACGACCAUGACAUCCGAUCAGCUGCGGACGGGGAUUACUGGCGUCUGCUGAACCCGGGCGAGUACAAGGUGGUGGCGAGGGCCGAGGGUUACUUCCCGUCCAUGCGUCACUGCCACGUCGGGAUGGACCCGCGCCCCACCAUCUGCGACUUCACCCUGAUCAAAAUACCCAGUCAGAGGCUCAAGGAGAUCCGGGCGAAAGGAGGGAAGAUCCCCCAGGACCUCCAGCUGCGUCUCCGCGCUCUGAGGCUCCGCAAGCUUCGCGCCAGCACCAAGGCCCUCAACCGCGAGAGGGAGAGCCGGCAGCAGCAGGCGAGGAAAGCUCGGUCCUCUCAGGCUCAGACAGCAUGAGAGUGGAGGGAAGGACUCACAGUCUGACUCAGAUUAUGGGAUGAAGAGUUCUGGUCCAAUCUGAGAAAUCUGCCAUUUGGAAAAACUGCUCCUAGUUAUUGAUGAAAUUAUCCAGCAUCUGAAAACAGUAACAUCCUGUCUUAUAAAACACACAUAUCAGGAGCUUCAUCACGAAUAUGAAGCAGCCAUUUGAAAAUAUAUAUAUAUAAAACACACUCUGUUACAGUUAUUUGUGUAUAACUGAAAGGAGUUAUGGGGCUUUUUAAAGGAUGGCAGGUAAUGCAAGUCCUUGUUUGACGAAACGAACAGGCUCUUCAAAUUACGAACUUAUGCUACAAAAUUCCUUCAACUAAAAUAUAUAUAUAUAUAUUUUUUGUAAAUGAACUCUUUAGUUGAACUGCAUUUUAGCUGACUCAGCUGUAGUGAUCUACACUAGGUUGCAUUUUUGUAAAGAGAGAUUUUGUAAAGAGGUUUUUAAGUGUCAGCUGGUCUGAUAUGUGACACUUUGUUCUUAACGCUGUGGCUGUAUUUGACGAUGACCACAAGUCCAACAGGACCACCAUGUCUUGAAUA